AUGGAGUGCAAUAAGGAUGACGCCGUACGAGCAAAAUCUAUAGCCGAGGCCAAGUUGGAGCUGAAGGACUACUCAGCCUCCAAAAAAUUCGCUCUCAAAGCCCAAACACUAUAUCCUGGUCUCGUCGGCAUUUCGCAAAUGAUAACGACCCUUGAUGUGUACAUUUCUGCCGAGAGGAAGAUAAACGGGCUCAUCGAUUGGUAUGGUGUGCUUGGUGUGGACCCCACAGCUGAUGACGAUACAAUCAAGAAAAAGUACCGGAAAUUGGCCCUCGUCUUGCACCCAGAUAAGAACCGCUCUGCCGGUGCAGAGGACGCAUUCAAGCUCGUUAACGAGGGAUGGACUUUGCUCUCUGAUAAGACCAAGAGGUUGGCCUAUAACUUCAUCACGAGUUUUACUACGCAGGCUCCUAUGCAUGCCGGUGGCCCAUCAGUGUCACAUGCUGGUGGCCGUGGGCCUUCCACAUAUUCGGCCCAUGCUGGUGGCCCGUGGUCACAAUAUGACAGCUGGUCUGCCCAAACUGGUAGUGCAUCAGCCCAAAACAGCUGUUCGCCUGAACCACCCAUGGAAAGCCCAUUUGCAAAAUUUCUGAACAGAAAACCUCCAGCUCCUAAGGCAUCGGCUCCAACACCGCCAAAAAAGAAGUCAAAUGCAAAGGCGGCACCUUCCAAGCCAUCCUCUUCUUCGACCAGUCCAAAAGUCGAGACCUUUUGGACCAUCUGCAGUGUCUGUAAAAUACAGUUUGAGUUUGACGUGAUUUACCGUAAUAAACUCCUCUUAUGCAUCGAUUGCAAGAAGCCAUUUUUGGCCACAGGGAUACCUCGUCCAGUCAGACGCUGCUCGAAGAACACUGGCAACAACAACAACACUCCACCAUCGGUUAAAUCUGAAGGGAACAACAAUGCCCCUACUCCACUCUCUGAUACUGAUAUGGGACAGAAUAACGCUUUCAACACUUCGAACUCGGAAACUGGCCCGAACAUUUCCGCGUCCCAGGCUGCCCCACCACCACCUCCCACAUCGGAUAGCGACAACAAGGAAACGAAAAUUGCUUCGGACGAUCAAAAAUGGGGACAACAAGAACUGAUGAACCCGUAUCAAACUCCGGACCAAAACGCCGACCUUGGGAAUCCGAGCGAAAUGCCCGCGCCUCAUCCCAAAACGCUCAAGCUACGAAAGGCAUACGGCCAGGGGCUUCUCGCGCAACUAGUCAAGAAGGCAAAAAGAAGAAGAAGAAGAAGAAGGAGUCCGACGGCUCCCAUUGCCCGAAAGAAAGCGAAAAUUGAGCGAAGCAACGACAAGGGACGACCGAGCAAAAGGACGAAAUUGGGAAACAACAGCAGCACGGACGAGAAAUACUCGGGGGAAACUAUGGACGUCCCGGACCCGGACUUCCACAACUUCGACCGGGACAGAACCGAGCUUUCGUUCACCGAAAACGAAGUGUGGACCACUUACGACAACGAGGACGGGAUGCCCCGUCUGUACGCGAUGGUCCACCGCGUGGUGUCGAGAACCCCUUUCGAGCUGAAGAUGAGCUGGCUUAACUCGAAGACGACCUCCGAGUUCGGGCCCCGACUCGACUGGGUCGGGUCCGGGUUUGCCAAGACGUGCGGGGAGUUUCGAGUCGGGAAGCACGAGGCGUGUAGGUUCGUGAAUGCAUUUUCUCAUAGGGUGAGGUGCUGGACGAGGGGCCCGCGUGGGGCGAUUGUGAUAUUUCCGAGAAAGGGGGAUGUGUGGGCUUUGUACAGGAACUGGUCGGUUGAGUGGGGCCCGGAGACUCCGGAGGAAGUGGUGCGCGAGUAUGACGUGGCGGUGGUGGUGGAGGUGGAGGUGGGGGAGAGUGGUGUGAGGGUGAGGAGGCUAGAGAAGGUGGGUGGGUAUAGGACGGUGUUUCGGGUGAGUGGGGAUGGAGAGAGGAGGAUAACGAGGGAGGAGAUGUUGAGGUUUUCGCAUCAGGUGCCACAUCAUCAGCUGGAGCUGGAAGGGUGUGUGGAGCUUGACCCAGCGGCUUUGCCCAUGGAGCUUCUGGAGAGGAUGCCGAAGGAUGGUGGUGAGGGGAUGAGCGAGUGUCGGACUUUGUGA